AUGGCGUGCGAAGACAGAGAAGCCGCGGUCGCGCAGGAGAAGCCCGCCACGACGCCUUUGUCCCCAGAGGAAGACGAGAGUGUUGAUGAUGAGCGCAAGGCGACCUCAGAGCCUGAGGCCGGCACUGAAGGAACUUCAGCCCUCGCUGCAGUUGCCAAACCUACGGCGACCACGUCGUCGGCCUCUUUGGAGAGGGGAGGUUCCUGCCAGCACGUGGCAACAGGGACCGGGGAACAGCCGCUUCAACAAGGAAAUUCCCAGAAUUCUUCGAGGGAAGCUUCAGUUCUCUACGUCGGUGGCGCUAGGGCCCGGAGCGCAGGCGGCGGCGGCGGCGGCGGCGGCAGCAGGCAGCGUCAACCUCAGCCAGUGGCACCGAGUGGGGGAGGGGGGGGGGAGCAGCUGCAACAGUCGGUCGCACCUAGCGAGCCAAACACCGCGGGAAAGGAUGGCGGCGGCGGCGGUGGUUCGCGCAGACGCCCGAGAAAAGGCCUGCUUGCCUCGCGCGGUGCGUUCCCGAGCAAGGGGCCUCCUGCACCUCUUGGAAGGGGCGGCAGCAGCCUGUUGGGCGGCUACGUGAUCCAACAGGGUGGGUCGUUCAGGGGCGGUGGGGGGGAGGCGAGUGGGUUGUUCCCAGGAGCGGACGGGUUGGCCGGUGGAGGGCGGGGGACCAGCGGACACGGUGGACAGCAGGCCUCAUGGGGACGGGCCGGCGAUAGGCCCAUGUCCUUGCACCAGAAAUUCAACGCGAUGGUUGGGAUUCAACGGGAGUCUUCCUCCAGGGAGGAAGAGGGGACGCAAGUCCUCGACAGCCUCAACCACGACCCGUCUCUGCGCCUUCACUACGGCCUCCACGUUACGUUUCAGGCGGUCCAGGGGGAGAAUGGGUAUUUCAUGUCGCUCGACAUGGAGACAGGCGGGGUGUCCAUGAUACCGUUGCAUGAGCUCCAAAAGAACAACCAGGUGACCUUCAAGAUGAUCGAUCUCGAGGAUCCGGAGUCCUACCGGUCCAUCUUCUACGGAAAGCCGGUGUGGCUGCAGAUCGUUCCGGGGCCCGGCGAGCCAACGUGGAGGGACGGGAGCGUCCUUGGCGCCCGCGUGCACGGCCCUGGCAUGCUGCCGACCGUUGUCAUAGAUCCGAACGAUGCCGCGGCGGCAUCAUCGAUGGCCCACCAAACAGCACACUCCCGCCCGGGAACAUCAGAGAGUACUCCCGGCCCCGGCACGCGUCGCCCCGUUUCGACGCACGGGGCCUCCUCUGGAAGGGGAAACACAGGCUGGAAUGCCCGUGACAGUCCUGGUGGAGGGGGUGGGUGGGCAGAGUCUAGUUUUCUUCCUGGGGGCGGGGGCGGGGGCGGGGGCGGGGGAGGGGGAGAGGUUGUCGGAGCUGGAAGGGUAAGCUCAGCCGUGGGCGGGGGAAACACAGAUGCGAAUCGACCGGUGGGGGUGCCGUACCCGUUUAAGGCGGCGGGUUCCAAGCACGGGGGCGCCGGCGGGACGGCCAACGAGACUCUCCUGAGGGCCAUGAACAAGAGCGCGAUCGUCAACUGCCGCUGGACCGUACGACCGGUCCGCUCAGACGGGCAGUCCCUCCUGGGCAAGGAUGGGAAGGAGGUUUCCAACCUCGACUACGUCUACCUCGAGCAGGACUUCUUCUACAUGACGAGGGUCAGCGAAAACGCCUCGGUUGUCUUGAAAGCCCUGUCGCACAACAACCGUUCCGCGGGAAGCAACGGCGGCGGCGGCGGCGGCAGCGCCAGCGGCAAGAGGGGGACCGCCCAGAAGCACCACCCGGUGGGCCGGAGAGGUGUCUUCAAGCUGCAGGUUGCUGAUGCCGAUGAACUCAGACCCGGAGAAGAGCGCUCCGCCGCCCUCAUGCGGAAGGCCAAGCGGGGCCUGAAGCGAUCCGAAGCCCGCAGGAGCGGCCACCGCACCUACGUCCACAAGCAGCGGCCGCAGGACCGCCUCACGAGCGGAGCCGCCUUCCCCCGCGAGAUCCGCGUCCGAACGACGCACUUCGUGUCGGAGUCCGCGUCCAGAGCCAUCUCAAGCGCGUCUCACUCCCCCCACCGUGGGGGGGGCGCCGGGGGAGGGGAAGAAGGAGGAGUGGUAGGGUACUCUCGAAGCGGGGUGAGCCUGGGAGGGAGCUGGGACGGGUUUGGGGACGGCGGCGGGGGUUCUGCUUGGCUGAGCGCGGGGUCGUGGGGCACGGACGUGCUGCAGGCCAUGACGGACUUUGCGAGGGCGGGGGCCGAGAGAGGGGUGACCGCGAGUCACGCUCGGGUAUUGAGGGAGUGGAAGCAAAGGUGGGGCCCCUUGGGGACGAUAUGGUCUCAGGCCGACGACCACAGCAGCCGAGGAACCACGGGCGACUCCAGCGACAGCAACGGGGAAGGCGAAGACGGAGGCGGUGACGAGGGACACGGCUGGUCCCUCGUGUCGCCCAUGUGCUCCCGCUGCCGCUACCUAACGGCGCACCCGCUCACGCCGCCCCCUCCCGCGGGGACGAUCGGCACCUGUUCCUCUCGCUCUCUGUCUUCCUCCGCCUCGAUGACCACGACCACGACCACGGACGAGGCGGAGGUUACGCUCGGGCGCUAUUGCCUCUGCACCGUGAACCGUGAAAUUCAGACCGAAGUGCUUCAGGGAGACGCCAGCGGCGGCCACGCCAGAGCAGCCACGGCGGAACCGGGAGCAGCCCUUUCGGUUGGUACCGAAGCGGGCCACGAACCCUCCGUUUCCUCUCCAACUGCAGAGGGAGGUGCCCCAUCCGGAUCUCCGGCCGCUAGCCGCAUGUCGACCCCGGCCGGUGGGGCUGCUUCCGGCAUGAACGCGUCUGAAAUGGGCGGAGAGCUGGCGCUGGAAGGGGCAGGGAGGCCCGUAGGCGGGGCAUCAGAGAGAAACACCAGCCUGGGGGGUGGGGGCGGGUGUGGGGGCGGGUUGUCGAGGAUGCCUUCCUCGAACACGCUUGCGUUGGCGGCGGGAGGGUUUGCUGCGGGCGGAGCCGGCGGCGCGAUCGGCGGGCUCAAGAGGGCGAGGGACCGGCGUGCAGACAGGAGGAAGAAGAAGGACCCUUUCGAGGCCCUGGAGGAGCGCCUAUUGGACGGGUUUAGUUUGGAGAGCAUCACCAAGCGGCUUCAGCAGCAGGAUGAGACGCUCCAAAAGGGGGUUCGGCACGUGGAGAGAAUGGAGUCGCGGCGGCACGAGCCCGGUCGAAGGUCGAACGAGGAGCACCAGCGCUACCUCAUGGUGCAGAAGAAGCGCUUCGAGGCAGUCGUCAGCGAUUCCAUCGCAGAAUCCAUCACCGGGAGUAGUCUGAGUGCGGGUGACGAGAGGGGGUCGGAAGACGCCCCAAUGGUAGACGACGCACGAGGUGCAAACGUCGUAGCAGCGAGUAAAAAAGUAGCGAGUGAUGAAAAUGCCGAUUGA